ACUACAAGAAGUGUACAAAAACUCUGGAUCUACAGAGUGGACCUGACCUGACUCUAUUUGUGAUUUGCUAGUAUGCAGGAAAUACUGUUGAGAAAGGACAAAAUGAGUAGCCGUCGAAAACGUGCACCUCCAUCCAAAGUAGAUGAGGAGAAGAAGAAACAGCUCUGCUGGAAUAUGCAUGAAGACCGGAGAAAUGAGGUGAUAACAUUAGAUGAUGAUAUGACUGAUGAGGACCACCUUCCAGGUCCAAGCACUUCCUCAGCAUCCUUCAUUGUUAUAAAUGAUGAUAGUGUUGAUGAAGAUCUUGUUCAAAAAGAGCACAGUGGUUCAAAAUCUGUUGCAUUUUUGACAGCUAAUGAUGAGGAAGACCUGUGCUCCAUCUUGACUCCUGUAUCAGUACAUCUAAAUAUUAUAGUUUUGCCACACUGUGAGGAUGCUUCCUGGAAAGUUCUGCUGGGAGAACUUGCUCUUCGUCUUCCUCCUGAGCAAAGUCUAACUGAGGAAUUCCAUGAAAGGAGUUUUACUUUGAUGAGAGGAGACUCCGAUGAUCAGCUGCAGAUCUGUGUCCAUGCAAGAAGUAUGGAAGAGAGCAAUAAUGAAACAAAAGAAUAUUUGAGUGCCUAUGAACAAAGUAUUUUGGUGGAACCAUCUUUAGGUGGUGAAAUUUUGGAAGGCUUGAGAUGGCUGCAGAAGAAAAAGAUAAUUGGACUUUAUCAAAGACCAAGAGAGACUCAAACUUUAAAGGUUGGAAUUUACCUUCUAGAAGCUGGAUUAAGCAAACCAGAGUUUCUCAGUGAUGGAGGUGGAAGACCCAAAAAAGCUAAUCAGCUGAUUCAAAAACUUAUGGAAAAGUUCUAUAGUUUUAUAAUUCCAGAUGUGCUGGAUGAAGAUGAUGAAGAAUCUGAUAUGGAAUUAGAGCGACAAAAUAUUGAAGAGCUUUAUGACUUUGUAAGGCGUACACAUCAGCAGGACACCCAAUUACUGAGAGAGGAUGUGCAGCAUCCUGCAUUAAUUCCUAUUCUGAGGCCAUACCAAAGUGAGGCUGUGAAUUGGAUGCUUCACCGGGAGAACUUCGUAAGCACUCCUAGCAGUGAAAAUGCACUGCACUUCUUAUGGCGAGAGGUCAUCACUCCAGAUGGAGCAAAAAUCUACUAUAAUCCGUUUACUGGCUGUAUUAUCCGUGAAUAUCCAGUUGCUGGACCUCAGUGGCCUGGAGGUAUUUUGGCAGAUGAGAUGGGUCUUGGGAAAACAGUAGAGGUGUUGGCUCUUAUUCUGACGCACACCCGUCAAGACAUUAAACAGGAUGUUCUGACGUUACCUGAGGGUAAACUUGUGAACUUCUUUGUUCCACCUCAACCUGUAGAAGGAAAUAAAAAGAAAAAAACAAAGAAAUUGGAGCUUAAAUUGAAGGAAAAAAUACAAUAUCCCAGCUUACGAGUGAUGAUAUUAGCAGCUGUAAAAGAAAUGAAUGUGAAGAAAGGAGCUUCCAUUAUUGCAAUAUUUAAGUAUAUCAGUGCUAUAUAUAGGUAUGAUGUACAGAGAAAUAGACGGCUUCUCAAAAGAACUCUGGAAAAACUAAUUGCAGAACAAGUAGUAGAACAAGUGAAAGGCCAUGGUCUGGCUGGUUCUUUCAAGCUGGGAAAGAAUUACAAGGAACAGAAGAGGCGAGAAAGAACCAAAGAGCAGAUAGCAAAGACUUCGGAAGAGAUUCAGAAGUGUUUGACUGAUGCUAAAACUCAAACCAAAGAAUCAAGAAAAAGUGGUGUUGCUUCUGCAAAUGUCUUUAAGACCCCUUUGCAGGUGGAUAUCACCACAGAAGAACAUGAUUAUUGUACAACUAGCAAAAGUAACAGGAAUUCAAAAGCAGAUCAUGACAACUUUGUAAAAGAGAAUAAUGUUCAGCAAGAAGCUGGGGGCACAAAGUCUCCUGAUUUGCAUGGUAACCUCCUUGUUUCCAGUGAUACUAGCAGUCAUCCUGAUUUUGAUGUUUCUAAAAGUACAGCUGAGGUCCAACAUGACAUUCGAAAGGACCAGUCCUCAGCUUCCCAAGAACAUCCUGGCAGUAGUGUACAACAUACCAGUUCUGUAUUUCCAUUUAACACCUCUGAGUAUCGUUUUGAAUGCAUCUGUGGUGAGCUUGGGUUGGUUGACUAUAAAGCCCGUGUGCAAUGCUUGAAGUGUUAUUUAUGGCAGCAUGCAGAAUGUGUAAACUACAAAGAGGAAAAUUUGAAGAUCAAGCCAUUUUAUUGUCCCCAUUGUCUUGUGGCAAUGAAACCUGUUUCCACAGGAGCAACUCUGAUAAUUUCUCCAAGUUCUAUUUGUCAUCAGUGGGUAGAUGAGAUCAACAGGCAUGUGAGAUCAUCUUCUCUUCGAGUUCUGGUAUAUCAAGGUGUGAAGAAGCAUGGCUUUUUGCAGCCACACAUGUUGGCAGAACAGGAGGUAGUCAUCACCACAUAUGAUGUUCUCCGCACUGAACUGAACUACGUAGAUAUACCUCACAGUAACAGUGAAGAUGGGCGCCGUUUCAGGAAUCAGAAGCGGUACAUGGCCAUCCCAAGCCCCUUAGUAGCAGUGGAGUGGUGGAGGAUCUGCCUUGAUGAAGCACAGAUGGUUGAAUGCACUACUGCAAAGGCUGCAGAAAUGGCACUCCGUUUAAGUGGAAUCAAUCGCUGGUGUGUCAGUGGCACCCCUGUACAGCGAGGAUUAGAAGAUCUAUAUGGCUUAGUCCUUUUUCUUGGAGUUGAUCCUUACUGGGUCAAACAUUGGUGGGACCAACUGUUAUAUCGACCUUACCGUAGGAAAAAUCCUCAGCCUCUCUACAGCCUAAUUGCCAAGAUUUUGUGGAGAUCAGCAAAGAAGGAUGUGAUUGACCAAAUUCAAAUCCCUCCCCAGACCGAAAAUGUACACUGGCUUCACUUUUCUCCUGUGGAGAGACACUUCUAUCAUCGCCAGCAUGAGGUGUGCUGCCAGGAUGCCCUGGCAAAACUGAGAAAGAUUUCAGAUUGGACUCUUAAGCUUAGUAGCCUGGAUAGAAGGACUGUGACUUCCAUUCUGUACCCUUUGCUGCGGCUAAGGCAGGCCUGCUGUCAUCCACAAGCUGUUCGGGGAGAGUUCUUGCCAUUACAGAAAAGCACCAUGACCAUGGAGGAACUACUAACUUCAUUGCAGAAGAAAUGUCGAACAGAGUGUGAGGAAGCUCACCGACAGCUGGUGUGUGCUCUUAAUGGCUUAGCAGGUAUCCAUAUCAUUAAAGGAGAAUAUGCACUGGCUGCAGAGCUCUACAGAGAAGUGUUGCGUUCUUCUGAAGAACACAAAGAAAAACUCAAAACAGAUUCCUUGCAAAGACUUCAUUCUACACACAAUUUGAUGGAAUUGUUGCUGGCAAAGCACCCAGGAAUUCCACCAACUUUGCGUGAUGGCCGACUUGCAGAAGAGGCAGAACAACUUCGACAGCAUUAUAUGAGCAAAUCCAAUGCAGAAGUUGCAGAAGCCCAUCAGGCCUUACAGCCAGUUCUCCAGACAAUUCGGGAGCUUCAGAGAAAGAUACAUUCAGGUUCUCCUUGGUGGCUGGAUGUCAUCCAGACAGCAAUCCAAUAUGCCAUCGAUGAGGAGCUUGUUCAGCGUGUGCAAAAUGAGAUAACCAGCAACUACAAACAGCAAACUAAUAAACUCUCCAUGGCAGACAAAUUCCGUGACUGCAGAGGCCUUCAAUACCUGCUCACAACCCAACUAGAUGAAGUGAAGAAGUUCCAAAAGAUUGUAAGAGAAGCAGUGAAAAAUUUAGAAGGCCCUCCCUCUAAGCAGGUUAUUGAGGCUGCCACUAUCUGCCACUUGCGACCUGUUAGACUUCCACUUAACAACUGUGUCUUCUGUAAGGCUGAUGAGUUGUUCACAGAAUAUGAAUCAAAGCUCUUUUCUCACACCGUUAAAGGCCAAAUGGCUAUAUUUGAAGAGAUGAUAGAAGAUGAAGAAGGACUUGUUGAUGACCGUUUACCCACUACAAGUCGAGGACUGUGGGCAACCAGUGAAACAGAACGUGCCUUGAAAGCUAUUCUCUCCUUUGCCAAAGCGCACCGAAUGGAUGUUAAGCUAACUGAAGAAGGAAGCAUGUUUCUGGAACUCUUUGAAGCAUGGAAAAAGGAAUAUAAGUUACUUCAUGAAUAUUGGAUGGUACUAAGGGAUCACGUGUCUGCUAUUGAUGAACUAGCAAUGGCUACAGAACGACUGAGAGUGCGUCAUCCUGAUGAGCCAAAGCCAAAUCCACCAGUUCUGCACAUUAUAGAACCACAUGAGGUAGAGCAAAAUCGAGUGAAACUUUUGAAUGACAAAGCGGUUGCCAAAUCACAGCUUCAGAAAAAAUUAGGACAACUUCUGUAUCUCACUAAUUUGGAGAAGUCUCAGGAUAAAACUACUGGAGGAGUUAAUCCAGAACCAUGCCCAAUCUGUGCACGUCAACUGGGAAAACAGUGGGCAGUGCUGACAUGUGGACAUUGUUUCUGUAAUGAGUGUAUAGCUAUCAUCAUAGAACAGUACAGUGUUGGCACCCGUCGGAGCUCAAUUAAAUGUGCCAUUUGCAGGCAGACAACAUCCCAUAAAGAAAUAUCCUAUGUGUUUACUGCAGAAACUGCAAAUCUGGAGGACGAUAUUCCUGUAAAGGGAAGUCACUCCACCAAAGUGGAAGCUGUGGUCCGAACACUGAAGAGAAUUCAGUUUAAAGAUCCAGGGGCUAAAUCCUUAGUUUUCUCAACGUGGCAAGAUGUGUUGGACAUCAUUUCAAAAGCUUUGUAUGACAACAACAUGGUUUUUUCUCAGAUCAAUGGAAUUAGUAAAUUUCAGGAAAAUCUCUCAGCAUUUAAGUAUGAUCCCAAGAUCAAUAUUUUGCUGCUGCCCCUUCACACUGGUUCCAAUGGAUUAAACAUAAUUGAAGCAACUCACGUUCUGCUUGUGGAACCCAUUCUGAAUCCUGCACAUGAGCUUCAAGCUAUUGGCAGAGUACAUCGUAUUGGCCAAACAAAGUCUACCAUUGUUCAUAGGUUCCUGAUAAAAGCAACAAUAGAAGAGAGAAUGCAGACUAUGCUGAAAACUGUAGACAGAAGCCACACGAGCUCUUCCAUGAAACAGUCAGAAGCCUCAGUUCUGACGGUGGCAGAUUUGGCUGACCUUUUUACAGAGGAAACUGAAGAACUUGAAUGAAAAUAUUGGUUUGACCUAGGGAAAUUGGACACCUGACCUAAUAAGCAUCUAUAUUUAACAUCUUUCACCUGUCAUUCCUGUAAGCAUCAUCUAACAUCUGUCCUUAUUAGAGCUGUUGGAAAUCGGAAAGUCUUUCAGUUGCUACCAUUUUAUUCUGUGUGAAGUUCUUAGCUGCACACAUUUGAUAACACUGGAGAAAACUUGCACUUUGCACAUUACGUAAAAAAUGGAUUUUAUUCCCAAAGAGCAUUUGAGCUGGACUCUGAAACAGAUCCUGGACCCUUGAUGUCAGUGGGACUUUUACUAUCCAAUUUGACUGGCUGGUAGUUCAGUCUGAGAGCAAAGCUAUGUGGGUGGGGGAUUGGGAAAGGGAAGCAGAAAACCACAAAUCUAGGGUUUUUUUUUACUGUACAAAGCAUUGUUCAGAAAGAACAACUGUAAAUUAGUGUUCUUCUAGAAAGGGCUUCUAGGAUUGUUAGCAUAUAAUGCUGAAUUACUGAGCAUCUUAUUGGAAACACUUUAAAUGAUUAAUCUUUAAUAAUUAUUUGGAUAUUUAUAUUAGAUGUUUAGCUACUCAUAAAGACUUGUGUAACACAAAUGUUGUCGUUAAUGUUCACUUACCACAAAAUGAUGAUAAAUUAAAUUAUGCUUUUUGUAUGUGUGUUGGUCUUGAAAUCACAGUUAAACACUUGAACUUACUGUACAUUUUUUCAGUUAUUCUUGAAGCCAUAACUAAUUAAGUGCUUUGUUGGGGAUGGUGUUAGGAGUAGGGAAGACAAGGAGAAUAAUAUGUUUGUAACAGAAUUUUUUUGAAAAGUAAUUGUUUAGGCUGCUGAUCACUUUAUAGUCAUUUGGUGUUUGUGUACAUUUUCUCAUCCCGAUUAUUUUUUUGUCUACUUCCCCAGCCCCAAAAAUACAGCAGUCUAAAUAUUCAAACUAGAUCAGAUUAAGUUAGGCAGUCUAAAUAUUAGGUACUUAGAAUUAGAUAAUCAGUGGAGACAGAGAGAGGAAGUUUUUGUGAAAUUUUCUAUCCUUACAUACAUGAGAUACAUCACUUUUUCUCAUCUCUGUCUAUUGACUGUAGAGAGAGUGUCUAGAAAAUGAACUUAGGCUAACUUUUUGGCUGCUGAAGAUAGACAAGAUGGAUUUUCAGUCUUUCGGCAUAUGUAAUAGAUGGAUCUUUCCUUACUGUCAUUUCUGAUGGUAUUAUGGAAGCAAGCUCAGUUACUUCACAAUUUUGUGUUUAGAGACUGGGCAAAGGUGUAAGUAAGCAAUAGGUUACUUCCUUCAAAUUACAGUAUUUACUGUUUCAGCAGAGAAUUUUUUUUUUCUUAUUUUAGAAAUCUUACUUGGAAUAUAGAUUAGCUAAAAUGGGCCUUUUAAGAAAUCUUACAGCACUAGAAUUUUUACUCUUCUGAAGUCUGCUAUAUAGACUUGCCAUAUAGUUCUUG